CUGUGGCCCAGCAGGCUAGCUAUGAAAUGAACAAGAAUCCUCGAGGAUUGUGCGUCAUCGUGAAUAACGUCGACUUCCAGAACAAGGACCUGAAUCGACCAGGAGCCGAAAUAGACGAACGUAGCCUCCAAUUUCUAUUCAAGACGCUUCUCUUUGAAGUGAUUAUCCGGAGAGAUUUGACGAAACACGAGUUGGAGAAAGUGGCACAGGAUUUUGGAGAAGCAAAUCACGAAGCGUAUAACGCGUUUGUAUUCAUCGUCAUGUCGCAUGGAGGAGAUCGCGAUUGCAUCUUGGGAGUCGACGGGAGGGAGACAAACGUGAAGAAUUUGAUGUCCGAGUUCCGUGAGAACAAGUGUCCGUCACUUAAGCAUAAACCCAAAGUAUUCAUCAUCCAAACUUGCAGAGGAUGUCGAGGAGACGCUGAUAAUUCAAUGCCCUCAUCUGCUAAUGAUAUCAGUUUACAGGUGGUUACAACGUCGUCACGGGAACAGAAAAGCUCCCAGCCAUGUGGUACUGCAUUCAGUACUGACUCCACCCUCCCACGGAGUGUGUUUCCACCGGAAGCUGACUUUGUCUUGGCCUUCGCCACCGCGCCCGGUUACGUAUCAUAUCGAGAUCCGCAUCAUGGCGCCCGGUUCAUACAGGAUUUAGUCGAAGUGAUCAACAAAUAUCAUCGUCGUCAUCACUUCCUUGAGAUCUUGACGGAAGUCACUAGACUGGUAGUGAAGCGUGGUAACUCUGUCCAGGUUCCCGCCCCUAUGGAUACCUUAACUAAAUUUCUGUACUUGUGA